AUGGCUACUGUUUCCCGGACUGCAACUGCCUUAGCGACGCCGCCAGCCACAUCUCACGGCAACAAGUUCACGUGGGACAGCGCGUCGGUGCCCGUCCAUUCGGAGAAGCCUGUCAAUCCCAAGAGAUCUUCCAUCAACAAUGAGAACGGCUACCCCUUUGGCCGCCCUGUCCUAGCUUCUCAAAAGAGGAAUUCGACUCUGCUUGCCACCCACAACACACCACCCAUGGACCCGCUCACACACGACCACUACACCGGGGAUGUCGCCGACGAUGCAAGGUUUACUCGAAGCACCAGGGACGGCGGGAGUCCCGCCGAUAGUUUGUUCGACCCGGAAACCGACGAGAGCAAAUGGAUUCACCGCGACAAGCUCGCCCAGAUUGAGAACGAGGAACUACAGGCUGCGGGUUUCGUCUUGCCGGUAGCGAGAGACAACAGGGCCCGGUCGAAGAGCGGAAACCGUUUGAAGAGGGAUCAAAGCCAGGAUAAGCUUAGCGGCCAGGCUAGAUCCAUUGGCGGCGGUGAGCACGUCGGCUCGAGGUCUAGAAAGAACUCGUCGGCUACGCAGGACUGGGACAAGCGCGCCGAUGAUGGUGCUGAGCACGCUGAUUCUACGUCGAACCCCGGCGCUAAAGUAACAUCCCGGAUACCUGUGCCGAGAACCAAGGCUUACCCAACAACGCCAACUGAUGAGAAGGCAGCCGCCUUCGGGCGGAAACGCGAUAGCAGUCCUGAGGAGGAUAAGGAGAAGAUAGCCUAUCCGAAACCACGAGGACGCAGCGGCAGUACAGGGAACGCUCUCACCAAAGCGGCCAAUGGAUCCGACGCUCGGCCUGUAGCUAAGCGGGCCGACACCUCCCCCAUGAAGAGCAAGCCGGCUGCGGGAGCCAAGAAGGUUUCCGGCAAGGCUGCGACUGCCACAACGGCGCGACCGCGAACACGAGGUGCAUCCGCCAAGGAUUCAACAGGUGCUCGGCCAACGACGCGUUCUGGUGACCGAGAACUGUCGCCCACAACGCACAAGCCGAUGGAAGGCGAACCACCCUGGAUGGUUUCGGCAUUCCGCCCUGACCCCCGUCUGCCACCAGAGCAACAACUGCUACCAACGGUGGCCAAGCGGUUACAACAGGAGAAGUGGGAGCGGGAGGGCAAGGUUGGCAACGUCUACGACAAGGAGUUUAGGCCACUCACAGACGAAGGCUUCCUCGAGCCACCCGAGCAUCCUAUCGUUGCGCCUGAACAUGAACCGGCGGAGAACGAGAACGAGAACGAGAACGAGAACGAGAACGAGAACGAGAAGGAGGAAGAACAGGAGAAGGAAAACGAAAAGGAACAGCCGCAGGCAGACUGGCCUUUAAAACCCGCCGAGCCUCAAUGUCCUCAGAGUCCACCUCCUCCAAGUCUCCAUAGCCUUCAGAGCCCCCGGAGCCCAGCUCCCGUUGGACGGACCAACUCAUACUCGACAAUGCCCAAGAUUGCGGACAAGCCGGUUCUGACCAAGUCCCCCAGCCCGAAGAACCCCCCACAGCGUCCUCACCCAUCAGAGGUGAUCAGGGUACCAGAGCCUCCCGAGGAUCCGCCUCAGAAGAAGGAGAAGGGAGGAUGCGGAUGCUGUAUAGUUAUGUGAGCGCUAGGCUCCAGAACUUGGGUAUCCAUACUCGCCUUUCCAGUCAACCGACAACUUAUCAAAUCCAUCAAUCACCAAUACGACCUUUGGUCCCUUAUAUCGUCGUCCGCCACCAUCAAGCCGUGACUCUGCUAUCAUUGGCUUUCUGGUAGUCCUUGAACACUACCCUGAAUAAUGACGAAAUGAGCUCCUUUUUCUAUAUAUUCAAGUCUGGCACACUCAAUUCUGCUUUUGUAUCUACACUCAUCACACCCACGCGCACACGCACAUACCCCCCCCUGCUUGAUUGUCUGCUACUUUCUGUAGCGUUCCCUCAUUCGUUUCCUUUGUCCUCAGUAUUCUUUUUUCAGAGCUUCCUGCGCCAGACUGCUCGUCGCUGUCAGCAUGCUCCCGCACUCCGACACUUAGCCUUGUCUCCAAUCCGAGUCUUAUACCAAAGGGUGCAAUAAUCAGCAGCAUUGUGUCCUAACGAAAACUGGAGCUUCUCAACCACGGCGACGGUUCUUCUAGCGGAGCAAGAGCAAGGGUUAAUUUUUUAAACGGUGGACGGACAAUUACAGAACUUGGGAGGGAACUCCCCUGUUUGGUUUUCGACGACAAACCGAACCAAGAUCAAAUCAUUUCUCCUGUCGUGCCAAGUCGGGAGCAAAAGCUGAACGAAUCUUCUGGAAAGGGGGAAUUCUGUUCGGCAAACCGGAGUCAAUCCCUGACGUGGAUUGAGAAAAGAUCUAAACCGGCAACCGAGCAAGGAGAGCGAGGGAGACAGAGAGGGGGAAAGGAGUAGGAAGACUUGAAAGAAAUAUUGGGGUUCAAGGGACAAAAGAAGGAAGGAAGGCGAACACCAAAACAAAACCCCCGGUUAUAAUACCACCUUAACUUAAUUCCCACGAUCCUCUUGUACAUGGUCUGGUUUUCUCUCCCGUCUUUUCAUCAGUCGUCGAGAUCAUCAUCCAUCCAUAUUACGCUUUACUACUACAAGUCGAACUACUAGUCAGUCAACCCAGAACUAAACAUACUACUUGGUUUAUCCUCCC